CAUUAUGUACACUCUGGUUUACCAACAAAACAAAAGAGACAAAGAAAUUUUUUAAAUAUUUGUUUGGCGAAAUAUUUAUUAAUUUUGGUUUAAUUUGCUUCUAGUGCGUUGUUACUAAGAAAAUAAAACCCAAAAUGUCCAGACUGCAGGCAGGCUAUGCUCUGGACAUGGAUGUGGACAAUGUGUGCCGCAUUUGCUUGUCGCAAACUGACGCCAGCGAAAGACUGUUUCACAUAUUUUCAUCAGCAAUCGUGGACGGAUUCCUGGUGGCCAUUCCGGAAGUUUUGGAGUUCUGUGUUAAUCUGACGGUAACCGAAUCCGAUCGAAUGCCCUGUAAGAUCUGCCAGAAGUGUAAGGGGCAGUUGCUGGGAUUUUAUUUGUUCAAACAAAAAUGCCAGCGAACGGAUAAAGUUCUACAGGAAGCUUUCGGUUCAAUGCAAAAACAAAAAAGUUCUAAUCGAACUUUUGAGAAUGAGAAAUCUGACGAUGAUAAUGCGAUUGAUUUAGAAAUACUUGAAACUCAAACAAACGGAGACGAGGAUGAAGUUGAAGUGGAACCAGUAUCAGAGUUCAUGGAUGUUCCAAUGUCGGACCCCCCUGAAUUCCAGUGUCAUCUAUGUGAUCAAAUAUUCAGAACUGAAGAGGAUCUCAAGGAACAUACGGUGGAUCAUUGCACAUUGAUCUCUGAUCAGGACCAGUACACUUCGAUGGGUGAGGAACAAUUACAAGGAUAUACAAGCGAAGUAGAUCAUGAAAGCGUUGAAGUAAAGAUGGAUUAUAAAAUACCCAGUGAAUCCAACGUUCUUGAAGCAGCUGAUGAAGAUAGAGUUUGCUACUUAGAAGAUGCAAAGAUGGUGGAAGAAAUGCCGAUAGAACGAUUCCCAAGCGAUCAAAGUGAUAGUAUUUCUCACAUAAGAGAGGAAGACGAUGAGAGUCUUACAAACAACGUAAAAGCGAAUGAGGAAACCGAUGAAACCAAGUCAAUUAAUGGCGUGAAAAUUGUCAACACAAAUGUGGCUUCGCUUGAACAACUAUGUUGUAAUAUCUGCGGGAAAAUAGUGAAAGGGCAAUCGCGGUAUUAUAAACAUCUACAAACUCAUGAUAUUCAUACAAACGUAACGGAAUUUCUAACGUAUCAUAUCUGCAGUAUUUGCUUGAAAGUAUAUUUAGACGAAAAUGAAUUAUCAAUUCACACAAAUGCAGAAAGUCAUGACUCAAAAACUAUUCCAACAGACAGCGAUACACCUUACACUUGUGGGAUAUGUUCGGCAGAAUACACCCGAAUUGACCACGCUAAGCAGCAUAUGCUGUCGCAUCUAACGUCAUUUGCAUGCCCUUUUCCCGGUUGUGGGUGCGAGUAUAGCUCCGCAGCCCGGCUGGGAUUACACAUAUCAGGCAAGCACAUAGAGUAUGAAACGCAUCAAUGUCGGUACUGUGGAGCAAAUUCAUUCGAAUCGAUGGCCGAGCUGCAGCAGCAUUUGAGAGUUAAAUGCAAUGGAAAAAAGUUCCCUUGCCAUCACUGUGAUAAAAAGUUCUUAUCCUCAAGAUCUCUCGCGCAUCACUUGAAAUGUCUGGAGAAGAAACAUCGCUGCGCAGAAUGUGGCAAAACAUUCGCUCAACAUGGUGAGCUCAAGCUACACGAACGGAUGCACAAUGGCGAACGGCCAUUCAAAUGUACGGUUUGUGGCAAAAGCUAUAAAACAGCGUCGCUUCGGACGGCCCAUAUGGAUUCGCACAUUGAAGGAAAAACGUUUCAGUGCCAACUUUGCGGAAAACAGUUACAAACCCGCACCUGUUAUCGUAACCAUAUCAAACGACAUUCGGAGGAAAGAAAGUACGAAUGUGAUGUGUGUUCGAAAAAGUUCUAUACCAAGUACAAUGUGAAGAUUCACAAACAGAAGGUGCAUAAAUUAAUAGAUGGUAGCACAAGUGUUGUGCUAGAGACGUGCGACGAAUAAUUUUAUGGUUUUCCACCAAAUAAAACAAAAUCAAAUAGGGAA